UCGGCUUUUUGUUGUCCUCUUUGGGAUGGUUACUUGGUUCAAUAACAUUGUCUAAUCUGAUACAUACACAAAGAUCAACACUGCCGAAUAUAGCCAUGCCUGACGGAUUUGUGGCCGCGGAUAAGUCCAAACCCUACAUCGCCCUGAAUUCUGUAGCUGAAGACCGCGGGUAUAAGGAUGGUGAAGCAACUGCUACUUGCCUCUGUGGCGCCGUCCAAUUGGCAUUCCCCACAGAUGGACCAGGGUUGGUCAACAGCUUCGUAUGUAACUGCGUGGAUUGCCGCAAGCUCACGGCGUCCAUGUUCGCAUCCAACUUCGCAAUUGACGACAAGUACCUAAAACACAUCCGUGGUCGCGACAACCUCAAGGACUGGGUCAACACCGUGACUCCCGUCAGGCCUGAUACGAGCAUGACGGAUUACUUCUGUUUCACAUGCGGCACACUCAUGUAUCGUAUCAGCUCGGCUUUCCCAAACGUACCCAUCCUACGACUGGGCUCUGUGGAUGAUCUCAGUCUGGCUGAGACCAAAUUGAAGCCCCAGUGGGAACAGUUUACCAAGGACCGCAUCAGUUGGUUUCAUGGAGUACAGGUAGAGGGCAUCGUGCGUCUUGAAGGGAACUCAGAUACUUAUGUCAUUUAGAGAUAUCGUAGGAUCUGCACAGAUACAGGGUGCAAGGCUUGCGAUGCAUCGUGCGAGAAGUAAGAAAGCCCGAACAGACAACUACCAUAGUUUCAACAGACAAGGUACUUUUCAUAUCCUGUACGUAGGCACACACUAGCUUACGCCCGGCUUUGCCGGUCGUCACAACAUCUUUCCACUGCGAUUUUAAUCCACACGAAGCGUGUCUUACUACACUGCAAGAAAUGCACCUCACUCUAUACAG